AUGGAAUGGCUAGGCCGCGCAAAGGCGACUUUCACCCAUUCGCCGUCCACUCUCCAGUUAAAGAAGAAGGAUGGAUCUUUGAUUGACCUCGCCUCGAUAUGCCAGGAAGCAACACCGCCAUGUCGCCUCAAUCCGUUGCUGUUCAAUGGCCAUUUGCAAACUAUGUGGACAGCCAUGAAAGAUGAUGGGCCUCCUAUAUUUUAUAACCGCAAGCUCUUCGAAGCUAACGACAAAGAUUAUGAAGGCUCGUUCGCGGUUGACUUUGUGGUGAAGCCGUUCUCAGAAGUCGAUGCUACCCUCCCUUCAAGAACCACCUACUUUAAUGAAGAAGAUUUUAAGGACAUAGCAUCUUCUGAUAGCCGACCUAUGCUAGUCAUACUCCACGGGCUGUCAGGCGGUAGUCAUGAGGCCUAUCUUAGGCAUGUUAUAGCACCAUUAAUUGGCGCCGAAGAUGACCGGCAAUGGGAGGCUUGCGUUGUCAAUUCCAGAGGGUGUGCUAUGCAUAAGAUCACCAGCCCUAUUCUGUAUAAUGCAAGAGCGACAUGGGAUUGCAGACAAACCGUUUCCUGGCUCAGGAAAACCUUCCCAAACCGACCAUUAUUUGGAAUAGGGUUUUCUUUGGGAGCAAAUAUCCUUACUAAUUAUAUCGGAGAGGAGGGCGAGCAUUGUAUGCUAAAGGCAGCAGUGAUAUGUUCAAGCCCGUGGAACUUAGACGUCGGAUCCAUGGCCCUCCAAAGUACUUGGAUUGGAAGAGAGAUUUAUUCAAAAACCCUUGGCACGAACAUGAAGAAGCUUCUCGCAUUGCAUGAAGAUGAGGUGCGUAAAGGCGGGAAAUUAGACUUUGAAAAGAUAAAAAAGGUCAAGUAUCUGCAUGAAUUCGACAGGGAGGUCCAAGGGCCCAGUUGGGGCUAUCCUACCGAAGGGGCUUAUUACCGCGAUGCUUCUUCGACAGACUCUCUAUUUGGAGUCAGAAUCCCACUUUUUUCAAUCAGUGCUGCAGAUGAUCCUGUUGCGUGCAAUCAAUCGUUACCUUAUGAAGAAGUUAAACACACACCUUACGUCGUUCUCUGUACUACAUCCCUUGGCGGCCAUCUCUCUUGGUUUGAAAUUGGAGGCCACAGAUGGCACGCUCGUCCGUGUGUCAAUUAUCUUAACAAGAUGGCUUUCGAAGUAGAUAUUGAAGCCCCAGCAGCCAUUAAUGGACAUGAUCUAGAAACGUCUGGCCAAAUGAAUGGGUGUUUUGCACCCAUGCGCCGAAAAUGGCAGAGAUAG